AGCUAGCUUCGACUGUGGGUGGAGAAAUGUUGCUUCCUCCUCUGUAUUAUCAGCAGCAACCAUUGAUAGUACCUCCCAGAACCUUACCCGAUCGAGUUUUCCCGCCCUUCCUGGUUCCUAAAACCCUGAUUUCGCGAUGCCAUGUUCGUCGAGCGAACUCCGUCGUCCGUAGCUCUGCCUCGGACCGAAAGACUCUUCCCCAAUCCGCCAUCCAGAGAAUCGCUGAUAAGCUCCGUAGCCUUGGGUUCGCGGAAGAGAAACAUGACACGAAAACCACGGGAGAAGAAUCUGGUAACAAUUCCCCCGGAGAGAUAUUCGUUCCGUUGCCUAACCAGCUUCCGAUUCACCGGGUCGGGCACACGAUUGACACAAGCUGGAGCACGCCCAGUUACCCGGUUCCGAAGCCCGGGUCGGGUACUGCCAUCUCCAGGUACCAUGAGUUGAAGAGAGUGUGGAAGAAGGAAAAGAAGGUAGAGAGGAAGAAUGAGGAGAAGGUCCCGUCGUUGGCGGAAUUGACAUUGCCGCCGGCGGAGCUGAGGCGCUUGAGGUCGGCUGGGAUUAGGUUGACGAAGAAGCUUAAGAUUGGCAAGGCCGGGAUUACCGAAGGAAUCGUGAAUGGGAUUCACGAGAGAUGGAGGACAACCGAGGUUGUGAAGAUUUUCUGCGAGGAUAUUUCCAGGAUGAACAUGAAACGAACCCAUGACGUCUUGGAGACCAAAACUGGAGGCCUAGUCAUUUGGAGAUCUGGAAGCAAAAUUUUGUUGUAUAGAGGGGUAAAUUAUCAGUACCCUUAUUUCGUAUCUGAUCAGGAUUUGGCACAUGAUUCUUCUGUGGAAACUGCUUCAGGGGCAUCAUCUAUGAUUCAGGGAGUGGUUGAUAGUAGAGAUAAACAGAGUACUGCACAAUCUUCACCCACGAGUAUUUCUAAUAAAAUGAUUAAACCCUUGUUAAUGCAAGGCGUUGGUUCUCCGGAUAAGGUUCGGUUUCAGCUACCCGGGGAAGUACAGCUAGUAGAAGAAGCAGACCGCUUGCUGGAAGGAUUGGGUCCAAGAUUCACUGACUGGUGGGCAUAUGAUCCCCUUCCAGUAGAUGCUGAUCUUCUGCCAGCCAUAGUACCUGAGUACAGAAGACCAUUUCGUCUUCUCCCAUAUGGCCUGAGUCCAAAACUAACCGAUGAUGAAAUGACCACUUUAAGGAGACUUGGUAGACCACUCCCUUGUCAUUUCGCUUUAGGUAGAAAUAGGAAUUUGCAAGGACUAGCUGUUGCAAUUGUCAAGCUUUGGGAGAAAUGUGAGGUUGUCAAGAUAGCUGUGAAGAGAGGAGUGCAGAACACAAAUAGCGAGCUGAUGGCCGAAGAGCUAAAGUGGUUGACUGGAGGGACCCUGAUAUCUCGGGAUAAAGAUUUCAUUGUCUUGUACAGAGGAAAGGAUUUCCUACCAUCUGCAGUUUCUUCUGCAAUAGAAGAGAGGAGAAGGCAAACAAUGAUCAUGGAGAAAUCAAGCGUGCACGGUAAUAAGCUGACUAAAAACGAAAAGGAAAUACAACCUCAGGCUCCUACAGACGACAUUGAACCAGCAGCUGAGUAUAAGAAGGAUCAUGUACAAACCCAUCAAAUGAAACCAAGACAGCGGAAAUCUCCUGAGGCUAGUCUUGAGAGAACUAGCAUCAAGUUGUCCAUGGCGUUAGAAAAGAAAGCAAAUGCAGAAAAAAUUCUGGCGGAGCUGGAGAAUAGAGAGAGUCCUCAGCAGUCUGACAUCGACAAGGAGGGUAUCACUGAUGACGAAAAAUAUAUGCUACGGAAAAUUGGCUUGAAAAUGAAGCCUUUCCUUUUACUCGGUAGACGAGGCGUCUUUGAUGGAACAAUAGAGAACAUGCAUCUUCACUGGAAAUAUAGGGAACUUGUGAAGAUUAUUUGUAAUGAAAAGAGCAUUGAAUCUGCUCGCGAAGUAGCAGAAAUCUUGGAAGCAGAAAGUGGUGGCAUACUAGUUGCUGUGGAGAUGGUGAGUAAGGGCUAUGCAAUUAUUGUGUAUCGUGGCAAGAAUUAUGAGCGUCCUCCAUGCCUACGACCUCAAACACUUCUCAGUAAGAGAGAGGCAUUGAAGCGAUCUGUGGAGGCACAACGUCGAAAGUCACUAAAGCUGCAUGUGCUGAAACUUUCCGACAACAUUGAAGAAUUGAACCGUCAAUUGGUCAAGGACAGUGCGACCAACGCAACGUGGUCAGAUGGGGAAUCAAGUAACAGAAUGUUCCAAGAAGAAACAGCAAAUCAGCAAAUUGAACUCGGAAAUUCCUCUGACCCAAGAGUUCUUUCCUCUGGUGAAGAGAGCUGUGAGGAUGACAGCAGUCAUGAGGAUCGAGAAGAUGAAUCUGGAUCUGGCUCUUCACAAAGACAUGGUAACUCUCUCGAUUCAACUGCAGUACUUGGAGAAACCGGUUCUGCCGAGGCUUCUUCGUUUCAUGAUAGAUCCAUGCCGCGCAACAGCUUCCUGAAUGCUGAGCGGAAGGUACCAACUGGACAAGAACUGGGAUUCUCAACUGGAAGUGGCUCACGAAUCUCAGCUCUGACAGAAAGCAAAAGCGAAAAGGAUGGAUUGGUCGCAGAUCUGUCCAAUAGAGAAAGGCUCAUUCUGAGAAAACAAGCCCUUAAGAUGAAGAAGCGCCCACCCUUUGCAGUAGGAAGAAGUAAUGUUGUAACCGGUUUAGCGAAAACACUGAAGAUCCAUUUUGAGAGAAACCCUCUUGCAAUCGUAAACGUCAAAGGGAGAGCCAAGGGAACAUCUGUCCAAGAAGUGAUCGCAAAGCUCAAGGAAGAAACAGGAGCACUUCUGGUGUCGCAGGAGCCAAGUAAAGUGAUACUUUACAGAGGUUGGGGAGCAGAAGAAGAAAUGAAAAGCUUCUACCCAAACAACAAUGUUAAAAACUCCAUCAAUCUAACAUCACAUUCAAAAAGGUUUGUUAAAGAUCCUCCUCCUGUGUCUCCUGCACUGAUUCAAGCCAUAAAGCUUGAAUGUGGAUUGCUAUAACGUUUUUUUUUAUAUAUUAUCUAUAUAGUUUCUCUUUUAAUUUUAACAUUAUAUUGACUAAGUUCAUCAGCUAAAUAAUUUCAGAUGAA